UGGCACAGCAUGUUUAAAGGGUACAGUGAUAACGUAUUGUACUCUGGCGCGAUGUUUUGCCCUUCCAGCAGGGACUGAACCGCCUGGAUGCCAGAGACAAAGAUGUUGGAGAAAUUAACCAGCAAGCUGGCCAUCCGACAUGAAGGAAUCCGAGAGGCCUUGGCCGAGACCCUGGCAACGUUCCUCUUAAUGCUCUUUGGGAAUGGGGCCGUUGCCCAGGUGGUGCUGGGAAAGCAAAAGUUUGGGACGUUCCUGAGCAUCAACCUGGGGUAUGGAUUCGGAGUCAUGAUGGGCAUCCAUGCUGCCGGCGGCAUCUCAGGUGCUCACAUGAAUGCAGCGGUCACCUUUGCAAACUGUGUGGUCGGAAAUCUCCCUUGGCGCAAGUUUCCAGCGUAUGUGAUUGGCCAGUUCCUGGGAUCGUUCAUUGCGUCUGCUGGCGUUUUCUUAAUGUACUAUGAUGCUCUGAUGGAUUACACUGGAGGAAACCUAACCGUUACAGGGCCGACCGCCACCGCUGGGAUCUUCGCCACUUACCCGGCUCCGUACAUGUCUGUGUGGAGAGGGUUCAUCCAAGAGUUCAUCGCCACUGCCGUGCUGGUACUUGGCAUUCUGGCUAUCAAUGACAAGAAGAAUGCACCUGCCCUGGCGGGUACCCACGCUUUUAUUAUCGGGCUUCUGGUUACCUUGAUCGGCAUAUCCAUGGGAAUGAACACCGGCUACGCCAUCAACCCUUCCCGGGAUUUGCCACCAAGGAUCUUCACAGCUAUAGCCGGCUGGGGCCUGGAGGUCUUCAAAGCGGGGAACUGUUGGUGGUGGGUCCCCGUUGUGGCGCCAAUGGUGGGGAGCCUCGCAGGGUUCUUGGUGUACAACGUCUUCAUCGACUUCCACAAUCGGGCUUCGCUGGAAGCUGCCGCCGGCGAGAGAGGGAAGAAAAACCAGGAGGGGAACACCGAGCUCCAAAACAGCGUGUGAGGCAAGAGACGGGCGGGUGCCUCGACCAACAGGUACCCUGGUGACUUUUAUCAGGCCGCCGCCUGGGAACACGCAAGCGGACAUUGGGACACUCGCAGGGGUAUUUAUAUGUAUUGCACGCAUGAAAUAAAGAGAGUGCAGGGGAAA